GGCCACCAUGCACAGCUGCACCAGAUUUUGCACUCUCCAGUUUUAGUAAAUCAACCCCAUAGUGCAGGGGUGUCAAACUACAAGUCCCAUCAUGCCUCUGCCUUUGGGAGUCAUGCUUGUAACAGUCAAUCUUGCAAUGCCUUCAUGGGACUUGUAGUUUGGCAACAGCUGGAGGGCUGCCAGUUUGACACCCGUGCAAUAGUGUAUUGAAUAGGUCAUAGUACAAGGGGAUCUUUAGGGUGAGGUUCUGAACUCAAUAAUGCUGAGACUUCUACCUCCUGCUAUAACCCCCAAAGUUUCAAUGGUUCUCAAGUUGUUCAGGUUUUUCAACAGCUGGGGG